AUGAAUGAUGGUGAAGAAUUAAUUGAAGAAUCAACUAGUGAACUUAGUGAAAAUAACGAUUCUUCCGAGGAAGCUAUGGAAAAUCAAGACUCGGAUUAUGGAGAAGAAGAGGCUACGGAAUCAAAUGGUGAUGCAAAUGAAGAGGAGCAAACGCAGUCAAUAAAUUAUCAGACAGCAUUACUUAGUGAAAUUGAAAAUUCCUCCGAGGGAGCUAUGCAAAAUCAAAGUUCGGACGAUAGUGAAGAAGAGGAAAUAAGUGAAGAAUCAACAGACCAUGAAAAUGAAGAACCCCCAAGAGAAAACGCAAAUUCUUCCGAGGGCGAUAUGGAAAAUCAAAGUUCGGAAUAUGAUGAAGAAGAAGCUACGGAUAUAAUUGAAGAAUUAGCUGGCGGUGAUGAAGAUGAAAAUGAAGAGGAGCGAACCCAAUCAAUGAAUUGUCAGACAGCAUUACUUACUGAAAUCGAAGAUUCUUCCGAGGGAGCUAUGGAAAGCCAAGGUCUUGUCGAUAUUGAAGAAGUUGUAGGAGAGGCUAAGGAAAAAAUUCGAUACUCAACUGGUGAUGCAAGUGAAGAGAAUCCAACUCAGUCAAUGAAUCGUGAACCAGCAGCCCUUAAUGAAAAUGAAAAUUUGCCCGAGGGAGACAUGGAAAAUCAAAGCUCGAAAGACGAUAAAGAGACCACGGAAAUAAUUGGAGUGUCAAAUGACAUUGCAAAUGAGGAGGAGCCAGUCCAGAUAAAAGAUUCCGAGGCAGCAUCCCAAAGUGAAAAUGAAGAUUCUUCCGAAAGAGAUAUGGAUUAUGAAUGCUCGGACGAUUGUGAAGAAGUAAAAGAGGCAACGAAAAUAUCCUUAGAAUCAAAUGGUGAUGCAAAUGAGGAUUCUGAGGUUGAAUCUACCGAUGAAGUUCAGGACUCUGAUGAAGAAUAA